UAGUGUGGUAGCAGUUGCCUCCACUAACCCUCUCAGGACAGGGACGACCCAGCGACCAUGAGAGGAUUCAGGAUGCUGCUUGAAUGGGUGAUACCAUGGCUCACCCUCUGCCUCGGGCUAUCUGCAGCCACCACCGUUACCGUUCAGACAGCGACCAACAUACCAUUAAUUAGAGAGCUGAGACCCUCUCACAACAGCCAGUUCUGCAGCACAUGGGGAAACUUCCACUUUAAGACUUUUGAUGGAGAUUUUUUCAGUCUUCCCUUGACUUGCAACUACAUCCUUACGCGCCUGUGUGAGGGCUAUGGAAGCUAUGGUGCAUUUAACAUUCAGCUCCAGAGACAGGAGAUAAAUGGUUCUAUCAGCAUUAAGAAAAUCACAAUGAAACUGGAUGGAUCUGUGGUGGAAUUAGACAACGCAUCCAUCAAAGUCAAUGGCGACCCCGUCAACAUACCAUACAACCAGGCUGGCGUUUCAAUAGCAAGGUCCACAGAGUCCUAUCUUAAAAUCGAGGCAACGCUGGGUUUGGUCUUCAUGUGGAAUCAAGGUGAUUCCCUCUGGAUCGAGCUGGAUGCAAAAUUCAAGAAUCAAACCUGCGGCCUGUGUGGCGACUUCAAUGGAGCCCAGAUUCAUGAUGAGUUCAUUCAGUCAGGGGAUUCUGUGAGUACUGAAUUCUAUGCAGCACAAUGGAAAGUCAAUGGUCCCACUGAAAGCUGUGAAGAAACCGACUCUUCAGCCACACAGACUUGUACAAAACAGACAAAGACCUGCGAGAAUCUGCUGGCUGGACCUGCAUUCCUCAGCUGUCAAGACCUGAUUGAUACCAACUCCUUCAUUCAAGCCUGUGAGGAAGACCUGUGCUACUGUAACAGCAGUACUUCAUGCCUGUGCUCGACAAUAUCAGAGUACUCACGGCAGUGUGCUCAUGCCGGCGGGAACCCACAGCAGUGGAAGACCGCACAACUAUGUGCAAAACAAUGCCCUUUCAACAUGGAGUAUAAAGAAUGUGGUAAUCCAUGCACUGACACCUGCAGCAACCCUCAGGGAAGCCAAACGUGUGACGAGCACUGCAUAGAUGGAUGCUUCUGUCCAUCUGGGACCGUCUUUGAUGACAUCAAACAAAGUGGGUGUGUCGCUGUUGACCAGUGCUCCUGCUUGCACAAUGGUCAGCCAUACAGCCCUGGGGAGUCAUACUCAAAAGCAUGUCAAAAAUGCACCUGCACUCGGGGUCAGUGGAACUGUCAGGAUGUGGACUGUCCUGGUCUCUGCUCCAUCCGUGGCGGCUCUCACAUUUCUACCUAUGACGAUAAAAAAUACACUUUCCAUGGAGAGUGUUCGUAUGUGCUCUCCAAGGAAACUAGUGGGACUUUCAGUGUCCUUGUGGACUUGGCUAAAUGUGACAAAUCUGAUAAGGCAACUUGCCUGACUGCAGUCACUCUACUACUGCAAGAAAACGUGAUGGUUGUAGUCGAAGCCAGUGGGCAAGUUUUACAUAACAAACAGGUCCCCCAGCUUCCUCUUUUCACAAAUGAAGCCACAGUCUUCAAACCAUCCACAUUCUUUGUUGUAAUCUCCACCACCGUCGGGCUUCACCUUGAGAUUCAGCUCGUACCAACCAUGCAGGUCUACAUCAAAGCCAGUGCUUCCAUUAAAGGAAAACUCAGCGGACUUUGUGGAAAUUUUAAUGAUGUUGAGGCUGAUGACCUCACAGCAAGAAAUGGAUUGACUGAGGGAACGGCCGUGACAUUUGCCAACACGUGGAAGACCAGAACAAGCUGCCCUGAUGUGAAAAACAUACAUGGGGAACCCUGCCAUUUGAGCGUAGACAGAGAGAAAUAUGCCACACACUGGUGCUCCAUGCUGUCACGCCCAGAUGGGAUUUUUUCAAAAUGCCAUUCUGAAAUAAACCCAGAAGACUAUGAAAAAUCUUGUCAAUAUGACAGCUGCGCCUGUGAAAACAGUCAAGAGUGCAUGUGUUCUGCCAUGUCCUCUUACGUCCAUGCAUGUGCCGCUGAAGGUGUCUUCCUGACAGGAUGGAGGCCCGACGAAUGCAAGAAAUACACAGAAGACUGUCCUCCUAGUUUUGUGUAUGACUACAAGAUGACAAGCUGUGAUCGCACCUGUCGCUCUUUCAGCCAGUCAGACCCAACAUGCAGUGUUAACUUUACCCAGCUCGAUGGCUGCGGCUGUGCUGAAGGAACUUAUCUUAAUGAGAAGGGAGUGUGUGUGUUGGCCAAACAUUGCCCCUGUCAUGUCGGUGACACGAUUGUGCACUCUGGGCAGGUCAUCAGGGUCCAUGGACAAACUUGCAUCUGCCAUGGUGGAAAAUUAGACUGUAAAGGACGCCACAUAAAUGAAAUAUGCACUGCUCCAAUGGUUUUAUUCAACUGCUCAAAUGCAAAGCCCGGUGACAAGGGAUCCGAGUGCCAAAAAAGCUGCCAGACACUGGACACAGAAUGUGUCAGUAGACAGUGUAUCUCAGGCUGCGUAUGUCCUGACGGCCUGCUGUCAGAUGGUAAAGGAGGCUGUAUAAAGGAGGAGGACUGCCCAUGUCUGCAUAAUGGAGAAUCCUAUAACUCUGGACAAUCAAUCCCUGUGAGAUGCAAUACAUGCACAUGCAAAGGCAGCAAAUGGAAAUGUACAGAUCACGAGUGUGAUGGAACCUGUACCAUAUACGGAGAAGGACAUUACAUCACUUUUGACGAAAAGAAAUUUAGCUUUAAUGGGGAGUGUAACUACAUCAUCUCUCAGGAUCACUGUGGCAAUGACAACAAUGGCACCUUCAAGCUGCUGACUGAGAAUAUCCCCUGUGAAUCUGAUAAAAACACCUGCUCCAAGAAAAUCAAGCUCUAUUUAGGGAAUAAUCAAAUUGUUCUGUCAGAAGAAAAUGUCAGAGUUAUCAAACAAAGCAAAGGGGAGGACAUACCCUUUAAAGUCCACACUAUGGGUGUAUAUCUUGUCAUCGAGGCAGAGAAUGGCCUUGUUCUCGUCUGGAAUAAGAAAACAACACUCAUGAUCAGACUCAGCUACAAAUUUAAGGGCAAAGUCUGUGGCUUGUGCGGGAAUUAUGAUGGGAAAGUCAAGAAUGAAUUGAGCACCAGAAACAAAGAAGUGGUGGUUGAAGCCCUUGAGUUUGGAAACAGCUGGAAAGUGUCGUCUAACUGCCCAAAUGCACAGACUCAAAAAGAUCCCUGCAGUCUGUACUCCCACAGGAAGGCAUGGGCAACUAAAAAGUGCAGCAUUAUCAAGAGUGAAGUAUUCGCUGCCUGCCAUUCAAAGGUGGACUAUGAUAGCUAUUAUGAUGCUUGUGUGAGAGACUCAUGCGCCUGCAAUUCGGGGGGAGACUGUGAGUGUUUCUGCUCAUCUGUAGCCGCCUACGCAGCAGCCUGUAACGAGGCCGGAGCCUGUGUGAAAUGGAGAACUCCCACCAUCUGCCCUCUAUUCUGUGAUUUCUACAACCCUGAUGGAGAAUGUGAGUGGCACUAUCAGCCAUGUGGAAGAAAAUGCAUGAAGACAUGCAAGAAUCCGUCAGGAAAAUGCUACAAUCAACUUCCAGCAUUAGAAGGCUGCUAUCCAACUUGCCCGCCUGAAAAGUCUUAUUUGGAAGAAGUCACAAUGAAGUGUGUGUCAAAGGAGGAAUGUGGCUGCUAUGAUGACGAAGGGAACCAUUAUAAAGAAGGGGACCCCAUGCCGUCAAAGGAAAACUGUUACAGCUGUCAUUGUUUCUCGGCAAUGAGUAACUGCAAGUAUGAUGAGCAAACUUGCACUUGUUCCUAUAAAGGUCAUAUAUACAAGCAGGGAGAAAAAGUCUACGAUACAGAUGAUGGAGAUGGAACCUGUCUCACUGCUCUGUGUGGAAAAAAGGGAAAUAUUAUCAGGAUCAGUAAGCCUUGCACUACUACUACUACUACUACUACUACUUCUCCAACAACUACAUCAGGUUUUGUCUUCACCCCAAGUGUCCCACAAACCACCAGAAAAACACCCAUCACAACAACUCAAAAGGCUCCUAAUGUUACUACUGAGGCUGUUACAACAGUUUUGACAUUCUCAACACCAAGAGUCUCAACAAGGUCCAAAACAACAACAUUGCCAACACUCUCUACAGCUGUAUCUACAGAAAAACCCAGCACAAUACCGACAACAACCCAUAAAUCAACAUCCAUUACAGUCAUAGAAAGCCCCAGCACAACAAAAGCCAUGGAAAAACCUACCACAACAACAAUCAAAGAAAAAACUACCACAAUACCUGCAACAACCCUUGCAUCCACAACAGUCACAGAAAAACGUGAGACAACAACAACGCCACAUACCACCACAACAAUCACAGAACAAUCAACACCUCCCGACUGCUUUGUUUGUACAUGGUCAGGUUGGAUCAACAAAGUUCAACCUUACUAUACUCCAGAUAGUGGAGAUUAUGAAACCAUUGGAAACAUCACUGAUCUAGAUCUGAGUCGUUGCAGAAAACCCCUGGAAAUACAGUGUAGAGCGGUAAAUCACAAAAGUACGCCUUUGAAGGACUUACGUCAGACAGUAACAUGCAAUCCAAUAGAUGGACUGAUCUGUCAUAACAGGGACCAAAAACCUCCUGUUUGUUUUGACUAUGAAAUACGAGUCAGGUGUUGCCAUUAUAUUUGUGGGACAAGCACAACAACAAACAUAGUACCCACAACCAAAGAAUCAACGACCGUCACAGAAAUACCCUCUGGAACAACAGCAGCAACAACCACAGCGAAAGCUGUCACAACAACCACAAUCACAGAAAAACCCAUUGUCACAACAAUGUUUGUAUCCACAACAGUGACAGAAAAACCCUCGGGAACUACAGUAGCAACAACCACGGGAGAAGCUGUCACAACAACCACAAUCACAGAAAAACCAAUUGUCACAACAGCCCUUGAGUCAACAACAAUAACAGCAAAGCCCUCUGGAACUACAGCAGCAACAACCACGGGAGGAGCUGUCAAAACAACCACUGUCACAGAAAAACCCAUUGUCACAACAGCCCUUCAAUCAACAACAGCAACAGCAAAGCCCUCUGGAACUACAGCAGCAACAACCACGGCAGAAGCUGUCACAACAACCACAACCACAGCAAAACCCAUUGUCACAACAAUGCUUGUAUCCACAAGAGUGACAGAAAAGCCCUCUGGAACUACAGCAGCAACAACCGCGGGAGAAGCUGUCACAACAACCACUGUCACAGCAAAACCCAUUGUCACAACAGCCCUUGAGUCAACAACAGUGACAGAAAAGCCCUCUGGAACUACAGCAGCAACAACCACGGCAGAAGCUGUCACAACAACCACAAUCACAGAAAAACCCAUUGUCACAACAGGCCUUGAGUCAACAACAGUGACAGGAAAGCCCUCUGGAACUACAGCAGCAACAACCAUGGAAGAAGCUGUCACAACAACCACAACCACGGAAAAACCCAUUGUCACAACAGCCCUUGAAUCAACAACAGAAACACCUCCUGUAACAACAGAAGCAACCACCACCACAGUAAUAGAAAAACCCAGCACAACAGCAACUGUGGGAAAACCUACCACAACAACCUCAGAAGUUGUUACAAAUACUGUACAAUACAGUACUACAGUAGGACCACCAACAAAACCAGUUGUUGAGGUUACAACUACAAGAGUGACAGAAAAGUCCUCUGAAACAACAGCAACAACAACCCCAGCAGAAGCUGUCACAACAACCACAAUAACGGAAAAACCCAUUGUCACAACAGCUCUUGGGUCAACAACAGUAACAGAAAAACCCUCUGGAACAACAGCAGCAACAACCACGGCAGAAGCUGUCACAACAACCACAACCACAGAGAAACCCAUUGUCACAACAGCCCUUCAAUCAACAACAGCAACAAAAAAACCCUCUGGAACUACAGCAGCAACAACCACGGGAGAAGCUGUCACAACAACCACAAUAACAGAAAAACCCAUUGUCACAACAACCCUUGAAUUCACAACAGUCACAGAAAACCCCUCUGGAACAACAGAAGCAACAACAACCGCAGAAAAACCCAUCACAACAAAGAGGGCAUCGACGGAGAGGUCCACUGUAACCACUGAAAAGAUCAUCAUAGCCACAACUACAAGAAAGUCUACAACCUCUCCAGCCACAACAGAAAAGCCCACUCUUGAAAUUACUACUCCGUCAUCGUCAUCUCUUCAGUCUUCAGCAACAGGCAGAACAACUGUAUGUUUCUGCAUAUUCAACGGCACAACUUCCUUUCCUGGAGACUUAAUCUACAACAAGACUGAUGAAGCCGGCUGGUGUUUCACUGCGCAUUGCAGUUUGACAUGCAGUAUUGAAAAGCAGUCAAUGCCAUGUUACGCUACUACUUCACCAACUCCUGCGAUUACCACAACAAGUUCUGGCACUACAACAAGCAUUGGUCAAAAAACAACCACUGGAAAAAGCACAGAGAAGCCUCCCACUGACUGCUCAUAUCUCAGCCCACCAAGAAAGCAUGGUGAGUCUUGGAGUGAGGACAAGUGCACCACAGAAACAUGUGACAAAGGUAGAGUAAUCAAAGAGCAUGUCCCAUGUAAAGUGGAACCCAAGCCUGUUUGUGAAAAUGGAGAACCGCCUGUUCGGAUUUAUGAUGAAACAGGCUGUUGUUUCCACUACGAAUGCCAAUGUGUUUGCUCUGGAUGGGGAGAUCCUCAUUUUGAGACAUUUGAUGGCAGAUAUUAUAGCUUCCAGCACAACUGCACAUACGUCCUGAUCAAGGAGAUCAAGCCCAAAUACAAUUUUACAGUUGUCACUGACAAUGAAAACUGUGAUGCUUCUGGAACUGUGACCUGCGUUAAAGCCUUGACUGUGUUUUACAAAAACUAUGAAGUGAUUCUUACACAGGAGAGAAUACCGAAAACCGUAACCAUGGUGUUCAUCAACGGCAAGCGAAUACUCCCAAGCUACAAAAAUAAAGACCUCAUCGUCACAACUAAAGGAAUUGAGGUGCAUUUGGAAAUCCCGGAAAUUAAAGCAUUUGUGAUGUUCAAAGGGCUUUCUUUCUACGUUGAAUUACCAUUUUCUCUUUUCCACGACAACACCGAGGGACAGUGUGGCACCUGUGACAACAACCAGGAUAAUGACUGCAGAUUACGAAAUGGCACGAUUCAUCAGUCAUGCUAUGAGAUGGCACAUGAUUGGCAGAUACACAAUGCCACAAAGCCAUAUUGUGAAACUCCACCUCCUACAACCCCAACAACAGCACCGCCAACACAAACACCGUGCCAGUCUGAAAUUUGUGAAAUUUUGAAAAGCGCGGUGUUUAAGGAAUGCCACAAAGUAAUUAAUCCAAAAUCGUUUUAUGAGGGCUGCAAGUUUGAUGCUUGCCACAUGCCAAAUUCCAACAUAACUUGUUCCAGUCUGGAGGAAUAUGCCGCAAGGUGUGCUGAAAAAUCUGUCUGUGUGGACUGGAGGAACGCCACAAAGGGACAAUGUGAGUUUAAAUGUCCAGUAAAUAAGGUUUACAAGCCCUGUGGGCAAUUCGUUGAAUCAACUUGCAAUGAGAGAUACAAUAAAAAGUACAUGCAGCAGUGUCAAGGAGAAGAGGGUGACCAGAACAAGACUUGCGGUGGAUUCACAGAAGGAUGUUUCUGCCCAGAGGGAAUGACUUUGUUCAGUCCAGAUAACGACACUUGUGUCUCCUCCUGUUGCAUUGGAUCUGAUGGCGAGCCUAAACAGUUUGGAGAAAUCUGGCAGAGUGACUGUCAGUACUGUACUUGUGAUGAGGACACUCUGGGUAAUCGGUGUCAGCCUGUCACAUGCCCCACGCAAAAACCAAUCACCUGUACCGAGGAAGGACAGGUGUUGGUGAACCGCACGGAGAACUGCUGCGAGAAACUGAUAUGUGAGUGCGAUAAGAACAGCUGCUCACUGCAAAAACCAAAGUGCGACCUUGGAUUUGAGUUGGAGAUCCUCACCUCAAACAGUAGUUGCUGCCCUGUUCACCGCUGUGUACCCAAAGGUGUCUGUGUCUUUAACAACACUGAGUACAAGCCUGGUGCGGAUUUCUCAAAAAGCCCAUGUGAACAAUGCCACUGCACUGAAGCUCAGGAUUCCAGCACGGAGCUGAAUAAGUUUGAGUGUCAUCAGAUACAGUGUCCGAAGUGUCCUCAGGGCUUUGUGCGUGAAGUUCAACCCGAUAAAUGUUGCAGAUGUGUACAGACACAUUGUGUUUUGGAUUCCGGCCUUCCAGCUCCUGUAAUAAUCAGUCCCUCUCAGUCUUGGUCGCCACCAAAUGACAAUUGUACCCAGUAUGACUGCCGGAAGGUGAACGAUACUUUCACGACCUCUGUGAGCAAAACAACGUGUCAGGAAUUUGUUCCAGAAAACUGUGUUCCAGGAACUGAGAAGAGUGACAUGAAUGGUUGUUGCAAAACUUGUACUCCUCGAGGCAACUGUCAGCUGAAAAAGAAAACCACCUACCUGAAGACGAAGAACUGCAAGUCAGUUAAGCCGGUGGAACUCGGAGCCUGUGAGGGAUCCUGUGGAGCGUCCUCGUCAAUGUACUCGGCAGACAGCAACGCUAUGAUGCAUUCAUGUUCCUGCUGUCAAGAAAUGAAAGUCAGCAACAAGACGGUGGAGAUGAAAUGUUCCGAUGACACCAGAAAGACGCACACCUACAUUUCAGUGGACAAGUGCGGAUGCGAAGUCGCUGAAUGUGAAAAGCAAAGAUUAGUGUAAAAACUACGAAAACCGACCACUGAGCUCGAUUGAAGACAAAUUCUGACCGAUAUGUUUUAGCAAUUCCUCUUCAAGGCUAUGAGACAAUCAAAACUUAAUAUGUGAAAACCACUAAAGACACCUCUGUGUGCAGAAAGCCAACUAAGCUGAACCUUUAAAACACCAAAAGGGUUCUGGUCUGAACUUGUCUCUUUAGACUGGCUCCUCAUACGUUCACAAAACGUUCUCAUCCAUUGUCUGGGAGGCUUCAUGUCCCACCAUCACGGCACAUAUUUGAGGGAUGGUUUGUCUUUUACCUUUCGAAGAAGCAAUCGAUUUAAACGCUGUAGAAUGUGGUGUUUCAGUCUUAAAGGGUCUUUUGUUCUCCUCCUCUUACUGUUAAUGACAGACAGAUAUGGCUUCAGUUAUAUAGUACAUUGUAGCAAUACUCUGUCUUUUCUUUAGUUUGGAAAUCAAGAUUAUAGAAAGCUAAAAUACGACAAAAUUAAAAGAUGGAUUGGAUUUUUAAACUAGUAUUAGCCAUUAUUAGUGAUAGAAAAUUAUGUAACAAACCAUUGAGCAUUUAAACAUGUUAAAGGAUGUUCAAACUUUCUUUAUCUAAUAUGUGGUGUUUCAAACUUCUUUCUUUAUUGUCAUUAAAACCCAGGUUUACUGAUCA